AUGAUUGCCUCGUACGCGACCCUCGUUGGCACCCUCGCCACCCUGCAGGCCGUGUCGGCCCAGCAAUUCAAAAGCAACGAUGUCCUCCAGCGGCUUGAGAAUCGCCUCGAGAUUGGCGACGAGUGCCACUCACCCCAGGACACCUACGUCCUCAGCAAGGCCGGCCAGCCGACGAUCCCCCCCUGCAUCGCCGAGCAGGGCAUCUCGAGCGCCUGCGAGGCGCUGACGCAAGCCCUGAUCCCGCAGUCGGACCCCAAGAAGGCCGCUGCGAACUACAAGGCCUACCAGCAGUGCCUGACGGGCCCCGGCAGCUCCUACAGAGAGGAGAUCAUGGGCUGCCUGGCGUGCAAGGUGCAGCACAACAAGCUAUCCAAGGCCCAGCACGACUACUAUGUUAAAAAAUGGACCGCCGGUCUCAAUGCGUUUGCCGCUGACGCCCAGCCUCAGACUUACGUGUGGAAUUAUGUGCAGGGCGGCAUCGACUGGGUCGAGUACAAGAAGCUCCCCACGCCAAACCCGAGUGACAAGGUGUCAGUCAAGCCCGUUGCCGAGUACUAUCCGCAGGCGCCCAAGGUUCAGGGCCUCGGCACCUUCACCCAUGAGAACCGCACGUAUCCGGAGGCGGCGCUGCGGGAGCAAGGAUUGCUGCCGCAGGAGCCAGUUCAGCGCCUUGACCCGGUCGGCAUGCUCAUCGACGCCCAGGUGAAGGCCGCCCCCGCCGCCGUCAAUGCCCAGUCGGAGUCCGUGGUCCAGCCCACGACGCUCGUCCGCCUGGCUUCGGGCUCCAAGCUCUCGGCCAGCACGGGCACUGUCGCCAGGAGCUCCGAGCUCUCUGCCGUCUCCAGCACCGCGGCUCCGGCUGGCACGAGCUCCAAGUCCGCUGUCGUCUCCGGCUCCGUGCUUCCGGUCGUCCCCGGCUCCGUGCUUCCGGUCGUCUCCAGCUCCAGGCUUUCCGUCUUCUCUAACCACACCAGCGCCGUCGCUCCCCUUUCCGACUCGGCCGCCACUACCUCUCACACCGGGGCUACCGGACCCACCCCUGUCGCCGCGUCCCAAACCCAGUCUGCCGUCGCCGUUGCCGAUAUCAAUGUCGCCGCCGCAACCAGCGCCUCGAGCAACGCCGAAGUCCUCGUCCAGAGCUGCUACCGAGAUACCACCAUCUUGGUCAAAUUCGGGCCCGGCCUACACUUUAGCGUCGUCGACGUCGCCGGCACCAUCCACGCCGUCGCCGGCGCCGAGCUCCGCCGCAUCCCUGCGAGCCAGGCCGCCCGUCGCGGGCUCCCCGACCUCUCCGGCUGCGAGACGUGCAAGCAGACGGUCAGCCUCGGCAGCGCCGCGCGCAGCAGCGCCGUGACCAACCACCCCGCCGGACGCGUCGGCCAGCAAGUUUGCGCUGUGUUUGGCGACAAGUCCCUCCCCGAGCAGGUUCGUCGGGAAAAGGCCCAGGAUAUUGUGCAUGUUGCCGGCGAGAUUACGGUGAGCGCGGCUGCGCAUGUCUCUGCCAAUGUUGGUGUUGCUGCGACUUUCAAGGAUACGCCCGCUCGCCCGGGCCGGAAGCAGGCCGCCGUUGACGAGAUCAAGACCCAGGGCUCUGCCAGCCAGAAGCAGGCUGUUGCUGGCGAGGUCCUGGCCCAGACCGAGGCCCGGGUCGAGGCCAAGCUCGAGGCCAAGGUCCCUGCCAAUCAGAAGGAGGCUGUCGUUGGCCAGGCUCAGACCCAGGUCGAGGCUCAGGUCGAGGCCAAGGGCCCUGCCAGCCAGAAGCAGGCUGCCGCUGAUGAGUCCAAGGCCAAGGUCUCUGUCAGCCAGAAGGAGGCUGUCGUUGGCCAGAUCCAGACCCAGGCCCAGGCCAAGGCCCAGCUCGAGGCCAAGCUUCAGGCCCCGGCCCCGGCUCAGGUCUCUGCCGAUAACGCCGCUGCCGACUCUUGCUAG